GUGGUGUCAGGUCUGUACCCCUCAGUUCAGAAGAUGUAAACCGGAUGUCAGGUCUGUAGACCUGAGUUCAGAGGAUACAUUGUGAUGUCAGGACUGUACCCCUGAGAUCAGGAUAUGUAUUGCUGAUGUCAGGUCUGUAACCCGGAGUCCUAUUUAUCCAUUGGACUCUAAUCCUUCAGAGACAUUGCAGUAAAUCAAUCUAAUGAUGGUCACCUCAGGCAAAUGUCAAAUACAUGUAUGAACUACUGUAAGUCACUACUAUAGAUAUAUAUUUUCUAGUACAUGGUGUACAUGUUCAUCACUCCAGCCUUAUAUUUCUAUUUUGAUGUAUUUGAGGUAUAAAUCAUACUUUAAAACAAACGAGGAAUGAUCAGUAAGUGCAGUCAUUUUAGAUAAUUUGCAAUUUUCAAUCAAGGUCAUGCCAUAGACUCAAAACUCCUAUGUAUCUAGCUUGGAAAAUGUUGUGAGAGAAUCAUGGGAGCCAAUCUUCCUUGAUAUAGAUACCUAUAUUUGCAUGUAUCAAAAAUCAAAUAUUGUAUCAGACAUAAAGGAAGAUAUUUUUUUCAUUAUUUCAGUAUAUAAACAUUCUUUUCAGUGAUGAAACCAUUCAACGUCAAAGCCAUGAGUUGGUUAUCUUUUUGGUACACAUUCAUCGUAACAGUGACAACCCUAGUGUUUUUAUAUACACUAUGUACAAACCGUAGGAUGAAAAGACAAAAACCACAGAUACGAGACCUGCAAUCCAAUGAGUUAACUGCGAACAACACACCGUGUGAGUCACUAGGAAGAAAGCUACCUCAAUGUAUUAUCAUAGGAGUACAAAAGUGUGGUACUAGUGCUUUAUCAGACUUUAUGGCUGUUCAUCCCCAGUUGAUUCGCUCAGUACAUGCUGAAGAACAUUUCUUUGAUAAAUUUCUGAACCAUAAUGUAUCAUUAAAAGAUGAAAUCAUAUUGAAAUAUAUGCCAAAUAUGCCUCUGACAUGUGAUCAUGAGAUAGCAUUUGAAAAAACACCUGCAUAUUUUGACGGAGCUGAUCCGAGAGAUUUAUUGAAAAUGAACCCUGCUUUGAGGCUGAUUUUGCUCAUAUGUGACCCUGUGCGGAGAGCAUUGUCAGCCUAUUUACACAAUGUCAAUAUUGGCAAAUAUCCUCCUAGACCUUAUACAUCAUUCUGUUUCACUCAAAAUGGUGAUGUUAAUGAAACAUCAGAUAUAAUAUCCAGGGGAAGAUAUGAUAUUCCUCUCAUGAGAUACCUCAAUAUAUUUCCUCGGAGACAGUUACUAAUUCUUGAUCAGGUAACUCUAGAAAUGAAUCCACUGGACAUAAUGAAAAGGAUCGAGUCAUUUUUACAACUUGAUGAAUUUUAUGACAAAUCUACAUUCUAUUUCAAUACAACAGUACAGUAUUUCUGUAUCAAUCCCAAACUGAAAUCAACAAACUCUGGUUGUCUGUUGACAAUGAAGUACAGAUCCCACCCAAAUCUGAGUGAAAAGCACACAAGUAAACUACAGCAAUAUUUUAAACCUUUUAACUACAGAUUUAUGGACAUUGCUCAAGAAGAAUUUACCUCUCUGCAGUAUUUGAAAUAGAAGAGUUAGACUAGAAAUAACAAACUGAGGAUGUGAUCACAUGUGGCCCUACCAACGAUUUAUUUACUCACCUGUUGCAAUAAUAGACUGCAUUAUUUCCAUCUUUUUCUACUGCUUUACUGUAACUUGCUAGGGCUUCUUCAAAACGCUCAUUUUUCAUAAAUUCAUUUCCU